ACUAGAAGAAAGAAGACGACGCUUACCCCAAAACUCGAAUCCCUAGGUGAAGGAGGUUUGGUAAUAUGAAUUGAGAGUCCACGCACGUGUGUAUCUCUCUAUUACCUUCAGGUUUCAUUUUUAUUAGUCUUCUUUUGUCCCAUUUUAGCAAUGAGCUUAACCAAGAAAGCAAGUGAUCCAAAGCUAAGUGGUACUAGUAUCAAGCCAACAACUUUAAACCCUCAUGCUGCUGAGUUUGUUCCGUUUACUCUACGUUCUCCUUCAUCUGGAGGUACAAGUACUUUGGAUGCGGCGACAUCAAGACUUUUAGCUUCCUCUAGUUCUGUUGGGAAAGCGGUUUUGGACCGGACUGAAUCAUCUACAUCACAUCAUUCGGAUGAAGAAGCACGUCAGUUCUGGAGUCAUCAACUUCCUGAUGAUAUAACUCCAGAUUUUGGGUUAAUGACCCAAGAUGACAAUUCUUAUGGAUCUGGGAGUUUGUCAUUAGCUAGCUUGUCGUUGUUUGACGGUAAUGAAGCUGAAAAGUUUCCUUCUGCUAGUGGAGGAUAUGGAUUUUCUGACCAAACUGGAUUAGCUUCACAUAAUGCUAAUGGUAAUAGCUUGGGAGAGAAGAGUAGAUAUCCCAUUUCUUCAUUUGGGGAAGAUCCUCAGCGACCGAGUUUCAUGCAUUUGAGUCCAAAGCCUUGGGAUAAGCAAAUUAUGAAUGCUGAGCAGCUUCUUGGGAAUGACAGGGAAAGAAACCCUUUUAGUGGGAAAUCUCGACAUGGGUUUGUUAACGAUAUGAUUACUGAGAGUCCAGGGGAAAUGGAGGUGAACCCUGUGGAUUUUCUUGCUUCUCAGUUCCCCGGAUUCGCCGUUGAAAGUCUAGCAGAAGUUUAUUUUGCUAAUGGGUGUGAUUUGCAGUUGACAGUUGAGAUGCUUACUCAGCUUGAGCUACAAGUGGAUGGUGGCUUGAAUCAGAACAUAAGCCCUAAGAGUUAUGCUCCUCCUAGUCUAACUCCCAUGGACUUUCCUGCCCUAAGCAUCUCAAAUAGCCAUGGUAUUCCUUCCCAGUUUGGUGGGGAUGAUUUGCAACAAACUGGAAAUCAUUACCAAUCUCCUGAAAAGGAUAACAUGUUCUUCUUCAAGUCGGGACCAUCAGUUACUCAGCCUGGUUCAAUCGAUUAUGUUUCUGCUGUCAGGAAGUUAGCAUCUCCGGAUUCUGGUAUGUGGAAAUAUGAACGAAACGAUUCAGCAGACUCAUCUAUUGGCUCUAGCAGGAAUUCUCAUGCUUCAGCUGGUGCUUACAAAAGUGGCCGUGGGAGGAGUAUAUAUUCUGAUAAGCUGCAAAGUCGAGCCCAAACUCGACCUGCUCCUGUCUGGGUGGAGACCGGAGAUGCUGUUGGCAAUAUGUAUUCUGAGUUACGCGAGGAAGCACGUGACUAUGCACGUUUGCGGAAUGUGUACUUUGAACAGGCACGUCAAGCAUACCUUGUUGGCAAUAAGGCCUUAGCUAAAGAGCUAAGUGUCAAGGGACAGUUGCAUAACAUGCAAAUGAAGGCUGCUCAUGGGAAAGCUCAAGAAGCUAUUUACCGCCAGAGGAACCCAGUGGGUCAAGGAAACAGUAGAGGGAAUGAGAGAAUGAUAGACUUGCAUGGGUUACAUGUGAGUGAAGCUCUUCAGGUGUUGAAGCACGAACUGAGCGUGUUGAGGAGCACAGCUCGAGCAACGCAAGAAAGGCUUCAGGUUUUCAUAUGUGUAGGGACAGGCCACCACACAAGGGGUUCCCGCACUCCGGCUAGACUCCCAGUUGCUGUACAGCGCUACCUACUCGAAGAAGAAGGCCUUGACUAUUCCGAGCCGCAGGCUGGUCUCCUUAGAGUCAUCAUAUACUGACAGACAAAAGCCAGGUUUGUUCAGUUAAUACUUUUUGUAGCAUCAGAGGAUCGAUCCUCUUUCUAUCUUUUUGUCGGGAUCUAUACGAUGUUUUGUUGAUUCUCUGUACUUUUUUUUACAGUUUUACUCUAUAUGCUAUACUCCUUUCUUCUGGAAAUUCUCAUAUUUGUAAUUCUCUUAGAUUUAGUGUGCAUCACUAAGUUUUGAAUUCA